CGGCGCUGCGUGGAUCUUUCAAAACAUCCCCUCAAAGUGCUUUGUUUGUAUGUAGUGAGGUCACCGAACGGUUCUAACCGGGGAGUUUUUUUGCCACCUCCCGUGAAAAACGACCGGCAGUUUUGAAGCGGGCGGAAGUGUUUUUUGACAGAAAAAAUUUUCAAUUGUCAAGCGGCCGGGGCGUUGCCAUCAAACAAGCCCGGUUGAAAACUAUCGAUUCGCACUUGAUAAAACGACGCA